GAAUACACUUGAAAGUAGCAGGCAGUCGGGAAAUCUGCUGUGUAACUAACAUCUUAGGAAGAAGCUAAACGGCAUCAUUUAAACAAAAUUAAUCCAAAACAGCACAGUGAAGGAGCUGCAACUUCCAGAAUGGCUUUUGAUUUGUUAUGCAAAGAUGACUUACUGCGCCCCAGGAUACGAAGCGCUUCGAACCUGGCCCUCAGAAGCCAGAGCAAUUACCAGACACCACCUCUGACAGAGCUUCAUCACCUGCUGUGGACACAUAAACCUUCCAUUGGCCACGUGAAUGAAGUCUGGCCAAACCUCUACGUGGGAGACUUAUUUACAGCUCGGGACAAAGAGCAGCUGCGCCGAAUGGGUAUCACCCACAUUGUGAAUGCUGCUGCUGGCAGAUUUCAUAUUGACACUGGAGCUAAAUUCUACAGAGACCUGCCUAUAGGUUAUUAUGGAAUAGAAGCGGACGAUGAUCCACGUUUUGAUCUCAGCAUUUACUUCUAUCAAGCUGCCAGAUAUAUAAGAGCAGCGUUGAAUUCUCCACGAGGCAGAGUAUUAGUUCACUGUGCAAUGGGGAUCAGCCGAUCAGCAACGCUUGUACUUGCUUUCUUAAUGAUCUGUGAAAACAAGACCCUUGUUGAUGCAAUUCAGGCUGUGUGUAAACAUCGAGGGGUCUGUCCCAAUUCUGGCUUCCUCAAGCAGCUUCAGGAGCUAGACAUGCAAUUAGCAAGGGAGAAAGGAAGAGAAGCAGAUCCCCUCAGACUUUUUAGAUGGGGGGAUGUCUUCUGAUUACAGACCAAGAGAUACAGGUUGCCUACAGGAAGAUUGUACCUCUUGCAAGAUAGAUGAACCUGGACUAUGCUGUAGUUGCCUGGAGAAAUCCAUAUGGGGCGAGCAGGGAGAGUUUGAAAUUUCACCUCCUGUGGAAAUACAAGCCAGAUCCUCAGCUGGUGCCUGUCAAUGUCGUUCCACUGGACUUAUGCCAAUUCAUAACAGCGGACCAUCUGGCCCCUUCAUUGGAUCCCCUCCCUCCCCGGCAAGCCUUAGUGGACUCGUUGGAACCCCAACAAGCCCUUGUAGGUUAGUUGGGGUUCCUCACAACCACCUCACACACUCUCAGACCCUUAUAAUGAUCAACAGAUAUGUGAGGUCCCAGUCACACACUGGAAGCUGAUCCACAGCUGUGAAAUUACUAACACAACACAGUUAGAGCCCAAAGCCAUGUUCUGAGUGUCACUGCUAUUUUAUACAGAAACAACAAUAGCUUCCAUUUCCAUUGGCUUUUAACCCCGGUGUCUCAAAACACUCGGCAAAUAAUUGGUUCAAAUCUCACAACCCUUCAGUGAGGUAGGUAAGUAAUGUUAGCCCUAUUUUACAUAUGGGGAAAUUGAAACCCGAAGAUGUUAAGCAAACUGCCCUUCUGACACACUGCAAAUCAGUAGCUAUGCCAGGAGAGGAAUCCAGAUCCUCUGGCAUCUUGUGCCAUAUUCUGUUCACAUUCCCCUUUCCCUUUGAUAAAGGAAUGCUAACCACAUGUCAGAGCAAAACCAGACAAUGCACCUACCAAAUCCAAAGCACCUGCUCUGUAGUCAGGUUUUCCUUUUACAUCCAAUUGACCACAUUC